GCACAAUACCGGUAGCACAUAGCACAUGAGACGAAAGGAUCGCUGUUGCAUUGAAUUGUCACACCCUUAGAUCGUUCAAUUUUUAUUAUUGCUCUAGUGACAAUAGCUGCAGUAAAACCUCUUUCGGCUAAACCACAACGGACUCCAAGAAACUACAAUACUGCAAGUUACAUACAAAUCAAAACUACAGCAUACAAUCAUGGAAGACCCUUUCGCCUCGUUCGGGAUCCAACCACCCGUUGACAAUGCGGCACCGCCCGCGACUCCGUAUCAGCAACCGGCACCGCCGUAUCAGCAGCCGCCUCAACAGCAGCAACCAGCUCCUCAGUACCAGCAGCCGCCUCAGCAGUACUACCAGCAGCCGGCACAACCAGCCUACGAGGCGCAGCCUCCUGCUCCUCCCCAGCAGCAGCUGGUAGUGGCGGCCCAGCCCUCGAAUCCUUACGCGGGCAUGGUCGCACCGCAACCUACACAGCAGCAGUCUACGCCAUGGGAUGCCCCACCGUCCAAUCCCAAUUCGAGCUUUGUCGCACCACCUCCCACCCGGUCUUCGACGGCAUCGGCAUCCUCGUUCGAUCCCUUUGCGGCCAUACCGGCACAGGCCCCUCCCCCGCAGCAGCAGCAGCAGCAACCAGCCUAUUCGGCGCCUUCCCCCGCCGCCCAAGAUCCAUGGUCAGCGGCGCCCGCGCCUCAGCCGGCCCCUGCCGCGCAGGAUCCAUGGUCACCGGCUCAUGCUCCUCANCCUCAGCCGGCCCCUGCCGCGCAGGAUCCAUGGUCACCGGCUCAUGCUCCUCAACCGGCGCCUGCCGCGCAGGAUCCAUGGUCUGCAGCUCCCGCCCCCCCUCCUCAGCCGGCCCCAGCCGCUCAGGAUCCGUGGUCAGCGGCUCCUUCUCCUGCUGCUCCUCGGCAGCAGUCCUACUCACAGCAGCCGUACCAAACUCAGGACCGCACCCAGAAAUCAGCGUACAGUGGUCAAUCCUAUGGAAACAUCAACAGCAUGAAGAGCAGCGACAAUGGCAGCCGUCAGAUGGUUCCCGCGCCUUCUUCCUCCAUCGUGGCUCGUGGAAACGAUGCAAGAAGCAAGAACGAGGACGGCGAGAGGUACAAAAAACAGAACCCCCGCAAUCCUUAUAGCACUGCUUUGGCCCAGCAGGUGGCCGGAUCGAACACCUCGGGGCUUCCGAAGGCAGAACUCGUCGGCAAGAGGGGUUUCGUCCUGUCGAGAAUUUCGUUUCGUACCAUUGUGAUGAAGAAAUGGAAGCAAUCUUUUUGGGUCCAAUACGGCGGGCACACCAUGCUGUGGUUCCGUUCUCAGUCGGAUUUUGACGACUGGCUCAACAAUCCCUACCACAACCAGAGCCAGCGAAACUUUUUGAUCAAGCUCGCCAUCAACUUUGUCCACGAUCUCUACAAACCAAACGUGAGAGGCUACCAGGUCACCCAGUGCCGGACUAAGCCAUACGGGAACAACAAGGUCGUCCGGCAGUUCAAGCUAGAGCGCUGGAUGGACUACGGACCGACCAUCGCGGCUGCCUUCGGGAGCUACGAUCCAAAGGAGGUCGAUGCCUGUCGGGAGGCCAUUGUCGAGUGCAUGAAGAAUACCCCCCUGGACAACGGAAUCCGUGCGACGGGGGCCGUCAAGGAGCACCACGACCGAAAGCAGGAGGAAGAAUGGCGGCGAUCCCAGGAGGAGCGACGGUUGGGACAAAAGCAAAACGGUGCUACUGGUAGUGGCUACCAAAACUACUCUCUCGGUGCUGGGCAGACCAACCAUACCGGUAAGUGAAGUUCUCAAAGUCGCUAGCMAUGCUCACCACACGAAAAAAAUAAUGGGGCGGUCAAUUUUGGCUCGUUCUUAAUGCUGCAAUAGCUACUGCCUUUUCUUGCCAAAAAGCCAUCUGACACUUGUACUUUCGACCGUAUUCUGCCCCUCUUUUGCCUAAUUUUUUCAGAGAAAGAUGCCGGACGCCAACGGACACCAAGCUUUGAUUUGUUGGGCGACAUGAGCGGGGGCGGCGGAAUCGAUGACUCGGCCUCCGUGCCCCCGUCCUUCUUUGGCGACAGAGCGCUGGUCCCGGCUGUGAAUCCGAACGCCGCGUACCCGGGGGCCCCGCCACCGCCUCAGGCUGCAUCCUACUACCCGUCGGCCCAGCCGCAGGCAUACCCCGGCCAGCAACCACAGGCUUCCAUCGCGCCUUCUCCCUUUGCAGCUCCGGCAGGAUACCCGGGGCAACCGCAGCAAGCUCCGGCCCCAGCGUUUGCCCAGCAGCAGCAAGCCCCUGCUCCCGCGUUUGCCCAGCAACAAGCCCCGGCACCCGCAUUUGCCCACCAGCAACAGCAAGCUCCGGCACCCGCAUUUGCCCAGCAACCACAGGCUGGCUAUUCUCAGCAACAGCAACAACAUGGUGCUUAUCCUGGAUCCUCCUAUCCCGUGCCCACGCAGCAAUAUUAAAUAAACACUACGAAUCGCACAUUUUAAUGAAUCAAUGUUUACCGU